AGUGGGCGUGGACGUCUAGUGGAGCAGCUGACAUACUUUGCCGUACAGUGUGUCUGUUUGGAGUUUGACCGCAGAGAAAAAACAGCGGACAGGCAGAUUUUACAAAAGCAAAAGUGAAGAAUGACUUAGGACACCGAAUAGCAAAGAAACAGAGAUAUUUCUCGGAGCCCAUUCGCUCGGAGGAUUUAAAAUAAACUGGUGGAGUACAUGGUAAAGCCAUGGAACCAUCGCUGACUAACAACUCAUCCACCACAAAACCAAGCCCCUCAUCUCCCACCAGCCUCAGGGCAGGCCCUUCCUCAUCCAGCUCGUCUGCUACCACAACCACACCGACCUCAGACCAGCCUAAGGCUAAACUCACCAUGCCAACACCUCCAGCCACACCCUCAUCCUCUCCCUCCACUGCCUCCCCUCGGACUUCCACAGGUCUUUCUUCCCGCUCUUCUUCCCUGUCCAAUCCACCUGCCUCACCUCUACGCCAGCCCAUCAGGAGCCUCUCUCAGAUGGGCAGAUCUCAGCUUAACGCAGCCUCUACAGGGAAUCCCCUAACUGGAUCCCCAGCUGCUGCCACGGCUCCUCAGCCUCCUCUCACACCGGAACCAGAGGAGCCAGAGGAGGAGGUCAGUUUUGAAGAUCUGGAGGUGAGAGCAAAGUCAGGAGAUGCCAGAGCACAGACCAAGAUGGGGCGUUACUUCCUGGCACUGGCAGAAGAAAGGGAUGAGGAGCUGAACAACUGUACAGGGGUCACUUGGCUGAUCCAGGCUGCUAAACAAGGCCGCAAGGAUGCUGUCAAACUGCUGCAGCAGUGCUUAGCCUCCAGGAAAGGCAUCACUUUGGAGAACUUUGAGGUGGUGAAGAGGUUGUGUACAGAGACACGUUUCGAGAGAGGGGUUAGGAAAGCAGCCCUGCUUAUGUACUGGAAGUUGAAUCCACAGAGGAAGAAGUCAGUGGCCGUUUCUGAGAUACUAGAGAAUGUUGAACACGUCCAUACAGAGCCAGGGAAACCAGUCUCCCCUGGUCCACUUAACAGUUCUGCAAAGAAACAGAGGAGAGUCCUGGAGACAAUGGUCACCAGCGAGGCCAGUUCCCACGUCGGUCUUGACGAUUUCGUUGAGAUGACUAAGAAGUAUGCUCAGGGUAUUACACCGUCACCAGUCAUGGCUGCUGCAGGAGACGACGAUGAAGACGACGAUGAUGGUGUAGUUGUGAAGAAUCCAGAUGAGUUGCCCCUGCACGAAAAGCUGCUGAAGUUCCCUCUGUACGCUCUGCUGGAGAUCAAGGAACACCUCAUCGACUGGGCGUCGCGGGCUGGCAUGCAGUGGCUCAGCGCCCUGAUCCCCACCCACCACUUCAACGCACUCAUCUUCUUCUUUAUCAUCUCCAACCUGACAAUCGACUUCUUCAUCUUCCUCAUCCCUCUGCUGGUUUUCUACUGCUCAUUCUUCUCCAUGGUCAUCUGCACGCUGCGGGUAUUUCAGAAUUCCAAAGCAUGGGAAAACUUUCGGGCUCUGACAGACCUGCUGGCUCACUUUGAACCCGGUAUUGAUCUGGAGCAGGCUGAGACUAACUUUGGAUGGACACACUUAGAGCCCUAUCUGUACUUCCUGCUCUCAGUGGUCUUUGUGGUUUUCUCCUUCCCUGUUGCUGAUAAAUCUUGGAUCCCCUGCUCAGAGUUUGCUGCUGUCGCUCUCUUCUUCACCGUCACCGCCUUCCUCAGCCUUCAUGCCUCUGCUCAGCUCUUUGCUCAUAAAGCCCUCCUCACAGAGGUCCUCUCGGGUGCCUGCUCCCUCACUCACCUCCUGCCAGACUCCCUGUGGUUCCUCAGGGUCUUCGGGGUGACGUUCAUCACUGUGCCCUUAGGGGACAUUGUGUCGUUAAAUCUGGGGAUGCCGUGUCUGCUCUAUGGACACCUUUUCUAUCUCCUCUUUCGUAUGGCCCAGCUGAGAGGCUUCAAGGGCAUCUACCUUUGCCUGGUGCCCUACCUGGUCUGCUUCACCUGGUGUGAACUCUGCUUGGUGUUCCUCAAUAACGCCACUGCAGUGGGACUCAUCCGCACCUGUGUGGGCUACGUGCUCUUCCUUUUCGCUCUUCCUAUACUGUCACUGGGCUUGGCUGCAAUGCUCAUCAUCCAGUUCCUGCAGUGGUUCCUUGCCCUGGAGCUGACCAAGAUGGUGGUCACCCUGACAGUUUGCUUUGUGCCAAUUGUGUUGAGGCUUUGGACUUGCUUCAGCCUCAACCCCAUUGUGGUUUUUCGGUCUUUGUCACGGAGCAGCAUCGUCAAGCUCAUCCUGGUGUGGCUCAGUGCAGUGGUGCUCUUCUGCUGGAUGUACGUCUACAGGUCUGAAGGCAUGAAGGUGUAUAAUUCCACCCUGACAUGGCCUGAGUACAGCAACCUCUGUGGUCCUCUGUCCUGGAAAGAGUCCAACAUGGCCCAAACUCAGAUUCUAUGCUCUCAUCUCGAAGGACAUCGUGUCACCUGGACCGGACGCUUCAAAUACGUCCGUGUGACCGACAUUGAGAACGGGCUGCAGUCGGUUAUCAACCUGCUGCCUGUGUUUGUGGGGAACUGGAUGCGGUGCCUGUAUGGUGAGCCGUAUCCUUUGUGUGAACAGGUUAAAAACGCCACAGCUGAGCCCCAGCCUCUGCCUGCCCGGUCCCCUCCUCCCGGAGACCCCCUCUGUAAACUUAAAAAACUGGCCAAGCACGAAUGCCACAUCAAACACUUUGAUCGAUACAAAUUCGAAGUCACCAUGGGCAUGCCACUGGAGAGGAAGACCAAGAACGGGACGAUCAUUGAGGACGAAGAUGCGACCAAGGACAUAGUUCUGCGGGCUAGUAAUGAGUUCAAGUCUGUGCUUUUACACUUAAACACGGGAAGCCUGGUGGAGUUUAGUACCAUACUAGAGGGACGUUUAGGCUCCAAAUGGCCCGUGUUCGAACUGAAGGCCAUUCACUGCAUGUCAUGCGGUGGUGCCAGCGUGCCGAACCGCAGGCAAUAUAAGAUCGAACACGACUGGAGACGCUCGGCUCAGAAUGCCCUGCAGUUUGGUUUUGACUUCUUCUUCAACCCCUUCCUGACCGUUCAGCUGGAGCAACGCGCAGACACAGAGACUGAAACAGAGACUGUGACACAAGAGGGGGGAUAGAGGGAAAGAGAUCUGGCAAGCACACCUCUGGGAAAAAUGAAAAACUGAUGCUAAGCUGUGUGAUAAAGUGUGUGUGCAAUGACAACACUAUCCUCAGUGGAGGAAUGUUAAUGAUUGUACACCUCUGUUCUUUACAGAAUCUAUUUGCAAUAUUGUUGGAGAGUUACUUACUGUAGUAGAGUGGACAGAUAUUUAUCGUAUCUGUAUUAAUCGAGUUUGUGUUUGCAUUCUUAUAGCUUUUGAGCCAAAAUGUGUGAGAAUACAUAAUAUAAUGACUGAAAUUUACAAAGGGGAGAAACACAAACUAAUGAGCCUUUUAAGUAAUUCACUGCCCGACAUUAAUAUAAGAAAACCAUGAUCCAAAUCUCCUCAGCUGCAGUCAGUUGUGCAUUUCUUAUAAACAUUUCAUCCCAUUUAAGCUGCACUUGUGCUCACCACUGUGAGUCUGUUAAUGAAGUAAUUUUGAUUUUGAUUUGUGUGCUAUACAAAAACUAUUCCUGCUACACCCAAUUUUGUGUAUGUUGGUCAAUAUCAUGACAUAUGUGGCCAAAAGCAUCAGUAUUGACAUUUAACAUUUUUCUUGUUGGAACUGUGCUCUCAUUAUUUUGGUCAUUUGGUCUGUAUUUUGUGUGUGCGCGUA